ACAGCAAUCUAAACAAAGGCAAAAGAAAACGUAAGCGCUGACCGUUCCCAACUACCAAAAGACAAUCAAAGUUGGAGAGCUCCAAAAAAACGAGUUCAACACAAGUCGUGUGGUCACCACGACGCCGUUUCAUUCUCUCAAAUCUCACAUAUAGGGUCGUGUGUUUACCAUACACUCUUCGAUUCUAUUCUCUUCGCCUGGGUUUUUUCACCUUUGCUCUACCAAAUUCUCAAUCUCUCUCUCUCUCUCAAGGUGACCCUGCUCUUCAACAGAUAUGGACUAUUUCUUCAGAGACCUAAACGAAGAGUCUACGCCACCUCAGAUGGACAUGCUUAGAUGUCCAUUCUUGAGGAACAUUAAUGAGCCAACUAAUUUCUCGUUCUCACCCUCCAUGGCUUUCCCAAUGCCCGUACGUGGAACCAAAGGUCCCAUUUUUGAAGAUGGUCCCAAUUUUGAUAUGGCAUUUAGGCUUUUUCAUGGGCAUGAUGGAGUAGUACCCCUUUCUGGGAGAUCAUUUGUGCCUUCUGAGAAUGUAGGGCCUGAGUCAGCCCCAUCACAAUUUAAUCCUUUAGCUGCUAAGGCGGCCACAAUCAGCCUGUCAUCCUUUGGACUUGGAGGGCCAUUUGGUUUUGAUUCAUUUUCUGAGAAGUGGAAGAAUCAGAAAAGAAAAUCCAAUUCAUCCAAGAAAGAGCCUUCUUCAAAGGGAGGAAGUUCAAAGCAUGAGGCAAUGGGCAAUGAGUGGCUGCAAAGUGGAAACUGUCCCAUUGCAAAGUCAUACCAAGCAGUUAGCAAUGUUCUUCCCCUAGUUGCUAAGGCAUUUCAGCUCCCUCCAGGCAUGAAAUACAAGUGCCCACCUGCAAUAGUUGCAGCCCGAGCAGCUCUAGCACAAACUGCAUUUGCAAAGAACCUUCGCCCACAACCCUUGCCUGCAAAAGUGCUUGUGAUAGGGCUAUUGGGAAUGGCAGCAAAUGUUCCUUUAGGGAUAUGGAGAGAACACACUGAAAAAUUCUCACCAGCCUGGUUUGCUGCAGUUCAUGCGGCUGUUCCAUUCAUAGCCAUGCUUAGGAAGUCUGUGCUGAUGCCCAAGACAGCUAUGGCUUUUACCAUUGCAGCAUCCGUGUUAGGACAGGUCAUUGGCUCUAGAGCAGAGCGUCAUCGAAUGAAGACAACAGCUUCAAAUAAAUUAGCUCUUACUGCAACCAUUGAUGGAUCAAAUCAGCUUCCAGCAGUUAAAUCACAAGGCGGACAUUGUGGGGAUAUUGUGAACUGGAAUCCGGUUUCCCUCGAGGCGUCUGGGUCUUCUUCAACAGAUGUUUUCUGUUAAUGGUUUUCAAGUUGUCAUUAGUAUGAUGUGUCCUUGUUUUCUACAAGGUGCAAUUCUUUGUGUUCAAUGAGUUAUGUUUGUUUGUUUGUUUCUUAAUCUCCUACUUCUUUGUUCCUUUCUUAUUGAGGACUAGUUUCCGGCAAUCGAGGGAAUCAAAUAAAUAUAUAAUAUGACAAUGACAAUAAUUUACUUGUUGGUGUACUAUUUUCAUGAAUAGAAUUGUUGAAGUUUGUUGCAAA